UUAGAGGUCUGGAAGUGCUAAUUAUUUAAGUGAAGGUUGAACGCUGCUCAAUCAGAAGUUCUAAGCAGUGGUGCUCUCUGUCGCUCGCAGUGACUUGUGGGUUCACAGCUGUGCUGUGGCAUGCUCAGCCAGAACUAUCCUUCAGCUUGUCUGGUUGCGAUGUAUGUUUCUGUGACUGCGAUUGCUUUAUCCAUCAAUGUUGGGCUGCAUUCGUUGAUCCAACUGCAGAGCUCAGGGCUCACCAUCUUGAGGUAUUGUUCCUUGAUAAUGGUGUCGCCAAUCUGCUCUUUGGAUUUUUCAUGUGGCAUCAUCCAUUUCUCAUAGAGUCCCUGCAAUCUGGCUUCUUUACUUUUUGAUAGUCACACUUGUCUUCAGCAUCCAUUGCAACAUAAGAUGCUCUUGCUUUGCCUUUGAAGAAAAGGAUCAGGUAUAGUGCACUGCUCUCUACAGGCUACUGCACAGCUUGUGCUAAGUGUUCGAAUGCAGUCAGAAAAUGUUCAGUAUCAUCAGUCUCUUUCAGAGUAGGCAUUCUAGGAGCUUGCCAUACUAUUUGUGCUGUAGGUCGCACCUCCCGCCACUGUCUUUGACUCACCACUGCCGUUUGUGAAGUUCUUAAAAUCCUUGCUUCAGGUUGCACACUCUGGUCCUCGCUCCUCACACUGUUCAAACUCACUGUGAGCUGGCUUUUCUGGACUUCAGUCCAAACUGAUGCUGAAGCGAUCACCAUCUUUGCUCUUUUCUUGCCGUUUCACAAUGGUUGAGGUCAUCUAUACUCCUCUGCUUGGAGAUGAAGCCCUGGAGUAACUCAGACUUGCUCAGUGUUUGCUGUUGUACUGCUUGUGGUGCCUCCCUUUUGUUAACUCUGCUAGGAAGCAGACAACAGGUGAGUAUUACAGGUAGAUCUUCAGGUGAGUAUUACACUUACACACACACACGCAUAUACGCAGUCUCAGGUGAUGGGCAAUGCAUUGCUAACAAUGAAUUCAUUGAAUUCAUAAAGCUGUAUAAAUGCAUUUAUAAGGUUUCUGCUGAUUCAGUUCACGUUUACAAAAGCAUAAAAUUAAUGUUUGUGACUUUGCUUGUUUAUUUUUAGCUAACUGGAAACUGCAAUUCAAGGCUAACUUCAUAUCUAGAACUUGUUCUACACUUCAAUGCAAUUUAGUUAGACUGGCUGAAUACAUAUAUGCAAAAUAAUGAGACAAUAUUUGAAAGUUUGUACCUCACACUUUCCCAGUAUCAAAAUCAGCUGUUACUAUGUGUUUUAUGUGUAAUAUUAUGUUUAGUAUUAUGCGAUCUAGUACUUAGCAGUUCAUACUUCACACUUAUCUGGUUGAUAUCUAGAACUUUAAAGAACGGGUAAACGGUGUUGCUGAUGUUAUUAUAAAAUGGGGGAUGUAACAGUGGUAGAGUUUGGGGCCUUAGAAAAAAAUAUGAUAAUUAAUAACUAUGAGAAGAGUGGAUCACAGUAAAUGUGAACAGUGAAGUAUUAGAAAUGUUCAUGGUAUAAAUGUACUGUUAACACAAGACCUACGUCUGUGUUAUUGUGUAAGCAGAUGACGGUCUUGUAAUAUCCUGUAAUUUAAGUCAGUGAUGCUGCUGGGAAGAGCCGUCAGAUUGAGUAACUCUACUCUUAAAUGAGAAAGAGGAACCAACCAAACCAGUGAGGAGACACAGCCAGAGAGGACAACACCUUACAGACAAGAGUAGAGUUUAACUUUGAGGAGAACACAAGCAUAUUUACAGAACUUUGGAGAUAGUGGACUGGAGUUCAUGUGAAGAUCAGAGAAGCUGAAGUCCAGUUCAAGAUGAAGAUCCUCCUCGUCUUCACCCUUUACCUGAUCUCAGGUCCAGUGAGCUGCUUUGAUGUGACUGGCUACCUAGGAGGUAGUGUCCUAAUCUACUGCAAAGCUAAACAGUAUGGAGGGAAUCCUAAGCAUUUCUGUAAGAAACCAUCAGCCCAGUGUGUUUAUUUCAGCCAAAUGCCGAACACCUGGAGUCAUAUAGACAGAUUGUCUCUAUGUGAUUCCAGUGAAGAUCUUAUAGUAAUCUAUAGAAACCUGAGGUUACAGGAUGCUGGAUCAUAUGAGUUUGGAGAGGCUGGAGUGUGGAAUCAGGAUGUGAACCUGAAAGUGAAUGAAAAUCCGUGUUGUUUGGGGCCAAAGUCUGUGUCUGGUUAUCUGGGAGAGACGGUCACCAUCAGCUGUUCAUAUCCAGAGGAGUUUAAGAGUCACAUUAAGUACUUAUAUAAACAGGAUGAUCAAUAUUUUACUUCUGUAAUGGAUACCAGAGAGACUCAGCAAGGCAGAUUGUCCAUCUCUGAUGACAGAAGCUCUGCAGUUGUCAGUGUGAGAAUCAGUGAUGUGAGAGAAGAUGAUGGAGGAGUUUAUUACUGUGGAGUGAGUGAUGGAGGAGACUCGGUCAUGUAUUACUCCCUCUACACAGAGACUCAGCUACGGGUCACUGCAUCGAUGGCACCAACAUCAGUCCCACCUGAUGAAGAUCAGUUCAGUAGGAGCUCAGAUACACCAAGUCCCACUGUCAUCAUCUCUGUGUGUGUCUGUGUGGUUCUGCUACUGAUUGGAGGUUCAGCACUGAUCUUCUAUAAAAUGAGACACAAUAAGCAACAAGACUCCAGUCCUUCAUCCAGGAUUCAGCUCAAAGACAUUAAAGAGGUUCCGCCCGUGGACAGUAACUCUGAGGAGAUUGAACACACCAGUCAUGUUUCUGCAUCUGGAAUACAUGUAAAUGUUUCAUCAGCCACGAACAGUUCAGAUCCACAGAUCCACUCCAAUGCACAACCACUGAAAGACCAAGACCCCACUUACACCACUGUGAGUUUCCAGAAUAAUCCAGCUUCACCCUUUGAUACCUCAGUUGUCUUCAGUCAGGAGGAAUCUCCAACUGAGUACGCCACAAUCACAAACCACACACGACAGGAACAGCACUAAUCUGUACUGAGCUAACAGCAAAUCAACAUUUACCAUUACCAGAAACCUGGAGACUAUUCAGUUAUUUUUUUUCACAUUAAUUACAUUGAAAAAUUAUAUUAUACAACAGUUCUGGCCACACAAGCUGAUUGGUAGAGAAGUGUUCUAACCACGCUAAUAUUUCACCACAACAUUAAGUUUUUUCACCACAAGUUUUUUUUUUCACAAACACUGUAUCACUCUACUGAGACCAACAAGUUUGUCAGCUGUAGGAGACAAGAUACCAGAUACUUUUAAGAUCACAUUUGACCGACAGCCGAUUUGGUCAGACUCUGAACAUGAAAUUACACUA